ACGUAUAAUUUAGUGAAAAAAAACUCGUAAACCAUACCCUCAUUACAUAAAGUAUCAUCAUGUGUAUCGAGGAGGCAAACUCUUUGUAUAGUUUCGCCUGUUUGCAAUAACUCGGCUACACUUCGUUCUUGCAAACUCACACUCGACCAUAAAAGGACUACUUUUCCUCCUUGGUGCAUAAUAUACUGGCCGACGAAAAAGAUUCAUUUUUUUCUUAUUAGCUGGAAAGAAAAUGAGGGGAAGUCAUUUACUGUUAAGUAAGGCCUGCAAAAAUAGCGCAAGAGCUCGUCAAUGUGAAGACAAGGUAAAGUUUCAACCAAUUUUACCCCUUCAAUUGAAGAACAAAGUCAGUGGAAAAUCAGAUACCGACAAAGAGAAAGGAUGUCUCUACGAAAUAUCGGUUGUCAUUGCUUGUCUCUCAAAGCACAACUACGAAAACAAGUUUUGCGAGAAGGAAGUGAAAGAAUUCAACAAUUGCUUUACCACCCACAUGGCGAAAGUACGAGCUUUAAAGAAAAAUCGUGACAAAGGUGUUCUUACACCCAAUGCGAAAAGCCUUAAUCACCGAGAAAUUAAUAUGUUAUUCAGGCGGUUUCCUCUUCAAUAAGGAAGAUUCAACGCAGGUUUCAAAUACAGUCAUUUAAUCAAUAUUAUGCAGAAUUUUAUAGUUCAUUAUGUACAUUAAAUAUCGCGUGGAAAAAUGUCUUGCGGAGUCCAGUAAUUAAAUACUUGUAGAAAAAGUA